AAAAUAGUCGAUUAGCCGAAAGUCAACUUUUAGAUCCAUAGGUUGUUGUUCUUGUAACAAUAAGUGACAAUUUAUUAUUAGCUUAAUAACUUAAAAACGCGUAUAGUAUUAUAACCAUGCCUGUUAUCGAUGUCAACAACUUAAAGGAAACAGAUUUAAAGCGUGAGCUGAAAGAGCGGGGCCUUUCUGUUGCAGGCAAUAAGAACGAGUUGCAAGACCGUUUACAAGCAGCCAUGGAUGGGGAGCCAUUAUUGGAAGACUCUUCAAUUGUUGGAGAAGAUAUUCUGGACGAAGAAGGUGUUUUAUCAGACGAAGAAAAGAUUCUAGGAGCCGACGAAAAUGAACUAUUAAAGAGUCCUACGACUACUCCCACCACCAUACUACCCAAAGGGGAAGGCGGUGAUGCUACGCUGGUAGAAGACGAAAUCUUAGAGUCGCCGACAUCUACAGCCAAGAAAAUAGUAUUGAAACGUAAAAUAUCCGUCAAUAGUGGCCAAUCGAACGAGUCCACCAACACAACCAAAGAGAAUACAGAGCCCAUUGAGACCAAAAUGGCAAAAGUAAGCGAGCGGACCCCAAUAACUGUAGGUGAUUCCAGUUCGUCGGUGGGGAAAAAGUUUACAGAGAUGACCAUGCAGGAACGUUUGGAGCUGAGAGCCAAAAAAUUCGGCAUUAAUGCUCCAGCCGCAACUGCAGCUGCGCCAGCUGCUUCUAAUAACAGUGGUUCAACUGACAAAUCGAUUUCUCAAGCCCCUGCAAUGAGCAGUGAAAAACAAAUCGAACUACUCAAGAAACGUGCCGAACGUUUUGGCUGUGUUACUUCAACGAAUCUGGCCAAAUUAGAUGCUGAAGAAAGGCGGUUGAAACGUAUGCAACGUUUUGGAGGGGAAAAGCCACAGGAAUCAUCUACUACCACCACGAAUGUAUCCACGGACGAUUGGGCUGAGAAGGCCAAAAAACGUUUGGAACGAUUUGGUGGCAGUUCAUCAACAUCUGCCGCACCGACAGCUGCCACGCCAGCAGUCACCGCAGCAGCUAGCAAUUAAUUACAUACACAUAUUCCUUUUUUCUAAUAACCUUCUAAUCAUAACUGUACCAUUCUAAAUUUUAUAUUUUGAUUUUGAUAACAAACACAUACAGUUUCAUACACAUACAUACAUAUAUAUUGUAAGAAUCAAUUGGUAAAGAAGCAUUUCCUAUAGUAGCAAUAUAAAAUUUUGAUCGUAAAAAUAUGUAGGUCCUGUUAUGCGUCCACCACCAUCCACCUUUAUAUAUAGAUAUGGCAAUAAACAGUAAAAUAUAAAAUGGCUAAAA